AACAAGAGCUUAACAAUGUGAAGAGUUCCAAUGUUGAUAUGAUAAAAAUGUUGACAGAUUAUCCCAAAAAUAAUUUGUUGAAGGUGCCCUCUUUCGAUGUCGAUGUGUUCUCCGAUAUAUCUUCCGAUGGCAUAAACGAUACAAACGAGUGGAAAAAAAAAGUACACUAUAAAACAUCACGCGAUAAGAGUGUCCAAAACCGAUCCGGCCAAAAAACUAAUAAACAGCAGAAAAUUCCGAAGGAUAACAAUAAUAAAAAAAAAAAAAAAAAAAAAAAAAAAAAAAAAAAAAAAAAAAAAAAAAAAAAAAAAAAAAAAGUGACCUUUGGUUGUUCAUAAAUUUCUUAACAAGGCGGAAUCUUUGGAUAAAACUCAAUUCAAUAGCUUUAUUUGACUCAAAAGGACUCAUAAUAGUGCAAGGUACUGUAUUCACUAUUACAACAAAGUAUUUAACUCGAUAUUUGCAUUUAAUUUCCUUUUUUCAUAACCAACUGUCAACGCUGACAUUUCCAACUAAAAAAUGAGUCUAAACCAAAUUGUUUCGCCUACAACGGAGAAUGUUCAACUCGAAAUCCGACGAACACCUAUUACUGCAGUCUCCGAAGAGGUAGAUGGAGCAAGUGGCAUCACCUCGGGAAAUACUACCACAAGGACAAUUAACAACAUAUUGGUCUCUAAUGUUUCUCAGACAAAUCAGCCUCAGACCAUUAGAAGACGAGAAGAACCAAAAAAGCGUAAAAAGUGGUCUCUAGACAUGAAUUUACAUAUUAUGCGCUUAUAUUAUAAAAUUACAAACAAUGAAACUGAUGUAAGUAAUUAUCGUACAGCUCUACACGAAGCCUUCAGCCGUGAGUACCCAAAUUUUCCAGUUACCAUUCAAAAUUUAGCAGAUCAACGUAGAGCUAUUGUUAAAAAUAACUACAUACCUCAACUUACUCUAGAACAAUUAAAAAAUGAAGUUUCCAAAACCAUUAAUCCACUUCCUGAAGAUAUCAACAAGACACCACCAAAUACAUUACUAACUGACACAUCUGUCACCAAUUUGUCAAAAACAACAUCUCAAAAUAAGAUACCAAUUAUACCACAAAAUAGUAACAGUAGUCUAUCAAAUACACCAGAGACACCGACUGACGCAUUUACUAAAGAUUUAUUAAACAAAACACCUCAAAAUAAGAUCACAACCAUAACACAAAUUACAAACACAAUAUCAAACAGAUCCCAAACAUUAACUGACAAAUCAUUUAACAAUUUAUCAAGAACAAUCCAAAACGAAAUUAACAUCACAGAUAAUCUACAAAACACAUACUACAACAACGAAGACACAUUAAUCAAAACUGUAAACAACAAUUUUAAAUUUCACAUUAAUUUCCAAAAUGAAAUUGAAGACAAAUUUAAAUUAACUUUCGAAACAUGUUCCAAAUUAAAACCAAAUGAUAGACAUUCACUUCCCCGCCAGUAUUAUUCUAAAAAGUUUCUAGCAAUUGUAGAAAUAAUGAACUCCUUCAUUUUACCAAAAUAUCUCACAAACUCGAUCUCUUUUGAAAAACUUCAUACAAUUAUCUACUGUGCAGCUUUAACUUGUAUUCAAAUUAACACAUGUAAAGAUAACAUAAUAAAUACAAACACCAAUCGUAUACCUUCGACCCCUCAUUGGGAAACACGGUUAAAUUAUAAAAUUAAUAACAUUAGAAAACAACUAGGUCAAAUAACACAGUACCUUAGAGGAGUUAAAACACCACAUAUCAUGACAUGUAUGCAUUCGAUACUGACCAACAAUAAUUUUCAUCAAACUGAUUACAAUGAGUACAACACAACAUUAUCCCAAAUUAAAGAUACCCUAUUACAAAAACUUUCCUUAUAUAGCAAACGACUUAAAAGAUACAAACAAUCACAUCUCAGAAAAAUUCAUAACACUAAAUUUUUAAACAACGAAAAACUAUUCUAUCAACAUUUAACUAAUUCAAACAAAACUCAAUUAUCCGGUGAACUUCCAAGUUCACAGGAUGUAACAACAUUUUGGUCAAAACUUUGGUCUGAAGAAUUUGAAUUUAACCAAUCUGCCAAAUGGAUUCCUCAUAUAUCCCAUAAACUAUCCACAGUUACACCAAUGAAUGAUCAUCAGAUAACACUUGCCGAAUUAAUAAAUACCAUCAAUAAGACACACAACUGGAAAUCACCAGGACCAGACAAAAUCCAUAAUUUUUGGAUAAAAAAAUUUAAUUGUGUACAUAUUCAUUUACUAAAUCACUUAAAUCAGUUCCUUCUUGACCCAUCCUCCUUUCCAACAUUCUUAUGUCAUGGUGUAACAUACUUAAAACCUAAAGAUAACGACACAAAAAAUCCAUCAAAAUACAGACCUAUCACAUGUUUACCAACAAUCUAUAAAAUAUUAACCUCAUGCAUUACACAAAAAAUCUAUCAACACUGUUUUAACUCUAACAUCAUUAAUGAAGAACAGAAAGGAUGUAUUAAAGGAUCCUUUGGUUGCAAAGAGCAAUUAAUCAUAGAUUCCAUCAUCUGUGAACAAGCUAGAAAAGAAAACCGAAACAUAUAUACUGCUUUUAUUGAUUAUAAGAAAGCUUACGAUUCUGUCCCUCAUUCCUGGCUAUGCAAAAUUCUGGAAUUAUACAAAAUUGAUACUAAAAUCUGCACUUUUCUAAAAUGUUCCAUGGAAUUUUGGAAGACCACCCUUCAAAUAACCUUAAAUGAACAAACAAUUCAGUCAGAUCCAAUAAUGAUCCGAAGAGGAAUUUUUCAAGGCGAUUCUCUUAGUCCGUUAUGGUUCUGCUUAGCAAUAAAUCCCCUCUCCGAUAUCCUGAACAGUUGCAAUUAUGGGUUCAAUAUAAGAAUUAACAAACAAAGAGAAAACAGAAUAAGUCACUUGCUGUAUAUGGAUGACAUAAAAAUAUAUGCAAAUACACAAAAUCAGUUAACAAACCUAUUAAAUCUGACUGAACAAUUUUCCGGUGAUAUUGGUAUGUCUUUUGGUAUUGAGAAAUGUAAGACCCAAGCAAUCAGAAAAGGCGUCCAACACCAAGUACCACAUAUAACCCAGAAUAACGAAAUAAUCGAAGCACAAGAACGAAACGAUACAUACAAAUAUCUGGGUUUCUGUCAAUCAUCACACAUCAAUCAUACCAAAACGAAAACACAGUUGAAAGAUCAAUACCUAGCGAGAUUGAAAUUAAUAUUGAAGACACAGUUAAAUGGAAAAAAUUUAAUGAAAGCAGUAAAUACAUUCUGCGUUCCACUACUAACAUAUUCUUUUGGAGUCAUUAAAUGGUCCAAAACUGAUCUUGAAAAUUUAAACAUCGCAACAAGGAAAAUCUUCACACAGUAUAGAAGGCAUCAUCCAAAAUCGUCGAUUGAAAGAUUCUCAUUACCAAGACAGAAUGGAGGAAGGGGUUUCCAGAACCUAGAAAACUUAUGUCAGAGACAAAUCUCAGAUUUGAAGAAGUAUUUCUUGAAACGAGCGGAAAGAAAUGAAAUGUUUCGCACCAUCACAAGAGCAGAUUUGAACCACACACCCUUAAAUCUGUCGAACACCGAAGAAAUCCACACCCCCCACACAAUAGAUAAAAUAAUAAGUGGGCUAAAACAAAAACAACUACAUGGAAAAUUCUACAAAGACUUAGAAGAAACUCAUAUCAAUAAGAAGAUGUCAUUGAUUUGGUUAAAAAAAUCAGGUUUGUAUGCCGAAACAGAAGGAUUUGUGUUUGCUAUUCAAGACCAAGUAAUCAAUACCAAGAAUUACAAAAAAUACAUCAUCAAAGAUCCGAACAUAAAAAACGACUGCUGUCGCCUCUGCAAAGCAAAACCUGAAACGAUCCAGCACAUAAUCUCUUCUUGCAGCAUCCUAGCACAAUCUGACUACAAAGCUAGACACGACAACGUCGCCAAAAUCAUCCACAAAGAAUUAGCAACACUUAUGAACUUAAUCGAAGAUACGACACCGUAUUACACUUACAUUCCAUCUCCGUUCCUUGAAAAUAACAAAUACAAAUUAUACUGGGAUCGCACAAUACUUACAGACUUAAACAUUACAGCUAACAGACCAGACAUCAUACUUAUCAAGAAACACACGAACGAAGCCAUUCUCAUUGACAUUGCUGUUCCCAACACAAACAACAUUAUUCAAACAUACCACACCAAGAUUUCAAAAUAUCUACAGUUAUCGAUAGAAAUGAAAUCCAUGUUGAAUCUUAAAAAAAUUUCAAUUGUACCUCUAGUUAUCUCUAAUGUAGGUGUAGUUCCAAAUAGCUUAGUUGAGAAUUUAAAGUCUUUGCAUUUGAAUGAUUCAAUAAUUAUCAAAAUUCAAAAAGCUGUUUUGUUAGGAACAUGUCAUAUUGUUCGUAAGUUUCUUGAACAGUCUGAUCAUGUUAGUCAGAUUAGGUUAGCACCAGUAGGUCAGAGUAGUGUAGGUCAAUUUUCAAGUGAUGCGCGGAUAAAUGGUCGGUAGUUACGCUAGACUUUUGGGGAUGGGGUGAGAUUAGAGAAUAAUAGCAGACUAAUUUGUAUGCUGUAAUUCUAGAAUCUCGAAAGUUGUUCUGUUAAUCUAAUCAAUGCAUAUCAUUACUUGGUCUUAGUACCCGUAAUGAUAGAAGUCUUGCCUGAAUGCCGGUCAUUUCCGGGUCAGUGGUGGGUCUUAAUAAAUCCGUUUUAGACCCAAAGGUUAUCCCGUUUAUUCCAUCUAAUCCAUCAUUAAACGUAGCAUCGUCGAACAUGGAAAAAAAUGAAAAAAAUGAAGAAAUAUCUUCUCACAACGCCCUAAAUGAUGCCGAAGGUUUUCAAACUGUUGUCUCAAGAAAGAAAAAGCGUAACUUCAUUCGAGAAGUGGAAAUUCUAAAAAUAAAUUGUAUCUGCCUUUGUGAACAUUGGUUGAACCAUGUCCAAAUCGAUAAUAUUCAUGUGCCCGAUUUCAACACGGCAGCAUUUUUUGCGCGGUCUUCAAAGAAGCAUGGAGGAGUCAUGCAGCUGAUGCACCAAAGUAUCCCCUUCAAGAUUCUGUCUGAUAAGGUAUCAGCACUUUCUGCUGAGGUGGAUUGCGAAUUAUGCGGCGUACUUAUCACUAAGUUAGAUUUAAUUUUAAUAACGGUUUAUCGCUCGCCAAAAGGCGAUUUUCAUAAAUUUAUUGAUACUAUAGUCAUUCUUCUUAAUGAAAUUCAUUGCAAAUCUAAAUACGUCAUAGUGGGUGGAGAUUUUAACUUAUUAUUUGGCACUAAUGAUGCAAAAGCCAAUUAUUUUUGUAAUCUUUUGUCUAGCUACGGCUUAUAUUCUACUGUCAGAUUUAAAACGCGUUAUAACAACACACUUGAUAAUGUGUUUACUAAUAUUAAUUCAGAUAUGAUAAAUAUAACACCUGCUAAACUUUAUCAGUCGGACCAUACUGGAAU